AUGUUUAAUCAGUUACUGGUUAAACCAGUUCAACAAACAUGGAACUGUUCCCAUCUCUUACCACCAAAACCCCGAUUUUGGCUUCCACGAAACCCCCUCACCACCGUACCUGAAUCUCCACCAGCUUCCGAAGACGCCACCGUAGCAAAACUCGUCCUCGAAUCAGAUCCAUCAUCCCUAACCGAAACCCUAUCAAACCACUCUUUCCAUUGGACCCCACAGCUAGUCAACAACGUUCUAAAGCGUCUAUGGAACCAUGGUCCCAAAGCCCUGCAAUUCUUCAAACACCUAGAACGCCACCCAACUUACAUUCACUCCUCAUCAAGCUUCGAACACGGCAUCGACAUUGCAGCCCGAUUGCGCGAUUACAACACCGCUUGGGCUUUCAUGGGCAGAAUGCGGGCUCUCCGUAUCGGCCCGACUCCUCGGGCAUUCGCUAUCCUCGCUGAAAGGUAUGCUACCGGCGGGAAAGCCCACCGGGCAGUGAAAGUGUUUUUGUCUAUGCACGAACACGGUUGCCACCAGGAUUUGAAUUCAUUCAACACAAUCCUGGAUGUUCUCUGCAAGACGAGACGCGUUGAAAUGGCUCAUAGUUUGUUCAAAACAUUCAAAGGUAGGUUUAAAUGUGAUAGUGUCAGUUACAAUAUAAUGGCGAAUGGCUGGUGUUUGAUUAAGCGAACGCCAAUGGCGUUGCAGGUUAUGAAGGAGAUGGUGGAGAGAGGAAUUACGCCGACGAUGGUUACUUAUAAUACUUUGCUCAAAGGGUAUUUUAGGUGUAAUCAGUUGAGGGAAGCUUGGGAUUUUUUUCUGGAGAUGAAGAAGAGGAAAUGUGAAAUUGAUGUUGUUACUUACACUACAAUGGUUCAUGGGUUUGGUGUUGCUGGCGAGGUUAAGAGAUCGAAGAGGGUUUUCGAUGCGAUGGUGAAAGAGGGUUUGGUUCCUUCUGUUGCUACUUAUAAUGCUUUGAUUCAGGUUUUGUGUAAGAAGGAUAGUGUGCAGAAUGCUUUGUUGGUUUUUGAAGAGAUGGUGGGAAAAGGCUGUGUGCCUAAUUUGACUACUUACAAUGUUGUUAUCAGAGGUUUGUGUCAUUCGGGUGAAAUGGAGAAAGCUUUGGAGUUUAUGAAGAGAAUGGAAGAACAUGGAUGUAGGCCAAGUGUUCAAACAUACAAUGUUGUGGUACGUUAUUAUUGUGAUGAUGGGGAACUUGAAAAGGGUUUGGAGUUGUUUGAAAAGAUGGGGAAUGGGACUUGUUUGCCCAAUUUGGACACCUAUAAUAUUCUGAUUAGUGCUAUGUUUGUGAGGAAGAAAUCGGAGGAUUUGGUGGUGGCUGGGAAGUUGUUGAUGGAGAUGGUUGGUAGAGGUUUCUUGCCCCGUAAGUUUACUUUUAAUCGAGUGUUAAAUGGACUUGUUCUAAUGGGGAAUCGAGAUUUUGCUAAUGAGAUAAUAAGAAUGCAAAGCAGGUGUGGUCGUGUUCUCCGUCAUAUGAAAUUAUGA